AUGAACUAAAUUUAAUAAGGAGAUGUAAUUGAUAAUCAAUAUGAAAUAAUAAAAAAAAUAUCAUAAGGUUCAUUUGGAAUAGUAUAUGUUGGAAAAUCUUUGAUUAGAAACAAAAAUGUAGCAAUAAAGGUGGAAAAACAAGAAAUGGCAAGUUAUAGUAGCCUAAAUAGGGAAGUAAAAUAAUAUGUAAAAUUAGAUCGAAAUAUUGAAACUACUUCAAGGUGCUUCCUAGAUUCCUGAAUUACAUUGGUAUGGUCAAUUCAAGAAAUGCAACGUCAUGAUAACCAAUUUGCUUGGACACGACCUAAUAUAUUUUUAAAAACAAUUUUAGAAGUUUUCAACAUAAUGUAUUUACAACAUUGCCUUUCAAAUGUUGUGGAUUUUGGAACAAAUACAUUCAAGGUAAUUAGGUAAUUAAUUUGUAGGAAUGUAAUACAUAGGGAUUUGAAGCCAGAAAACAUUUUAAGUAAAACUGAUUCCGAGAAGAUCUAUCUCAUCGAUUACGGAAUUUCUCGAAAUCUAAAUUAAAAACCAAAUAGGAAAAAGAAGAUCUCCUUUAUUGGUACGAGUAGAUAUGCAAGUUUGGCUGCUCAUUAAGGUAUAGAGCAGUCAGCAAAGGAUGAUUUAGAAUCAUUAGGCUAUUUACUAAUUUACUUAAUUAAAUAGAGUUUGCCUUGGAUGAAUAUAGAAAAAACUGAUUUAUCAAGGUUGGACAAAAUAGGAAAAUUAAAAUCGGAAACUACAAUGGAAGAAUUAUGUUCUGAUUGUCCAAAUUCAUUAUUAAAGUGAUUAUUAAACAAAAAUCUUAGGUAUAUGAAAUAUGUAAAGUCAUUGACUUAAUAAAUAUAACCACAAUAUGCGAUGUUGAGAGGAUUAUUUCUAACAAAAUUACAUAAUUUUCCAGAUUAAGGACUUGAUUGGACUUAUCAAAAAAGCAGAUCUUACAAGUAAAAAGUAAACAAAAGACGGAAGAGCAAUUAAAAUUCAAAAUAUUAAAGUUGUAGUACAAUUAAAAGGUAGUUUAAUUAAAAUUAACUCUUAGAGGAUUUUUGGGAGAGAGUUUAGCUCUUCAAAAUGUAAAAACCUUUGCAGUUUAGGAUGAAUUAGCAGGAUCUUCAGGACAUGGAAGUAGUGCAUUACAAUUUAGUGCAGUUACCAAUUAAGGAAGCAUUAUAAGCAUAGGAGUUGGUUUUUCCUUAAGUGAUAUACAAGAAGACCUAAAAAUACAGCCACACAAUAAUUAAAUUGCUAGGAUCUCUACUUUUGAAGGUAUCAUCGAACAUGAUCCAGGAAUGACAUUAAAAGCUGAAUAGCAAUUGAUGGAAAGGGAGAAUCAAGAUCUAGAAAUAAAAUAUAAUUUACUACAUUUCAAAUCAGUCUACUUUAACUUCAAGAAUCCAAUAUAAAAAUAUAAUUUAAGAUCAAAUUAUUUUAGAAAAUGA